AUGGAGCGUCUGUUGGGGCUCUCCCUGCUCCUGUGUCUCCCGGGGACCCUGGGGCAGAUCUCCCAGUGUGAUUCCAGUAAAGGCUCUAUCCACCAAUUCACUGACAAUGCUUUGGCGGACAACAGGACAGUUGGUCUCGGUAGAACACCACAGUAUUUUGGUUUGAAUGCACUUGUUCAAGAACAUGGGAGAUACUUUGACAUAAUAGGGUAUCCCUGCAAUCAGUUUGGUCUCCAAGAACCGGGCGAAAACGCCACCGAAAUCUUCGCUGGGCUCAAGUUUGUGCGCCCUGGAAAAGGGUUCCAGCCAAACUUCAUACUCAUGGCUAAAACUGAAGUCAACGGACCAAAUGAGAACCCCGUUUACACAUUUCUAAAGUCCGCCUGUCCACCCGCCACGGAAACCAUUGGCGAUCCCAAGAGGCUGUUCUGGACGCCAAUUAAGGUGAACGACAUUACUUGGAAUUUCGAGAAAUUUCUGCUGGACCAUUUUGGUCGCCCGCGUUACAGGGUUGCCUCUGCAGUUAACCCACUUGACCCGAGAGUGAAAGAACUUGUGUCCAAUCUGGUGUCCCAGGCAAGGCUUGGUAAUCAAAGUUAUUAACUCCUUAUUUGUUGACAUUUUGCAUAUUUUUUAAUCUUCUGUGUAUUUCUCCUCCAAUAUGAUGGCCAGGCUGACAACUGGUAUACAGACAGUCUGACUUGAGGCGUCUCACAGCAGACAGAGGUCUUCUAAGUGCAUUCAGCCACUGUCUGCUAACGUGACGAUGGAUAUGAGAUCUACACGUAACCUGAAUAAAGAGAUACAUAUUCACAAAA